CAGUGGGGAGGAAGAGCUGAGUUUCAGCUAGCCAGACGGUAAAGCGGGAUUUUCUUGGACCUUUCUUUGGGCAUCUUGACCAGCUUAGGUGGGUCCCAGAGAAUUUACAAGCAGCCCACCCACUAACUACCUUGGACUCAUGCUGGCUUGAAGGCAACAGGUGAACAUUGCCUAGAAUGCUGGCCUUGAGGACAUGCUGGAUAUCACUGCCAAGACCGCGUCACUUCUCGCCAGUUGGCCUUUCCAAGCUGCGGGCCCUGGCCUUCACAGCAGCCUGGAAGAACGUUGCUCUGGCUUCAGCAAGCUUUCAUCCACUAUGGAAGGUCAAGCACCUUCGUCAGGGCAGUGCUGUGCCGUCCAGCUGUCCCCUUCUGUCUUCUCCCCUCUGAAAAAGGGAUUGGUGUGGGGGUGCUCCUGAGAAGAGGAAGGCACCUGUGUGCAAAGGAUGAGUACCCUCAGCGGGGGAGGGAUUCUUGGCCUGACAACAGUAUCCAUCACUCUGGACUUCAGUCUGCACAGCAGCUUGAUGGCUUGGCCACUGAGUCACAACUUGACCGGGAAUCACAGUUUACCAACAUCUGAUCCUCUGAAUUCCUCCAUGGGGACAGACAUCUCUCGGAAGUCCAUCAGGGAGAAGAACUGGCCAGCCCUCCUGAUUCUGGUCAUCAUCCUCUUGACCAUUGGUGGGAACAUUUUGGUUAUCCUGGCUGUCUCCUUGGAGAAGAAGCUCCAGAAUGCCACCAACUACUUCCUGAUGUCCUUGGCUGUGGCAGACAUGUUGGUGGGCAUUCUGGUGAUGCCUGUGUCUCUGAUCACUAUCCUCUAUGAUUAUGCCUGGCCCUUGCCUAAACAGCUGUGUCCCAUCUGGAUUUCCCUAGAUGUGCUCUUCUCCACGGCCUCCAUCAUGCACCUUUGCGCCAUCUCCCUCGACCGGUACGUUGCCAUCCGCAACCCCAUCGAGCACAGCCGGUUUAACUCCCGCACCAAGGCCAUCAUGAAAAUUGCUGCUGUUUGGACCAUUUCCAUGGGCAUUUCGCUGCCCAUCCCUGUCAUCGGCUUGCAGGAUGAUUCUCGGGUCUUUGUGAAUGGAAGCUGUGUCCUGAACGACGAAAACUUUGUCCUCCUCGGCUCGUUUGUGGCUUUCUUCAUCCCCCUGGUGAUCAUGGUGUUCACCUACUGCCUGACCAUCCAGGUCCUGCAGAAACAGGCAUCCAUUUUCCUCUAUGGGGAGCCCCUCAAGCAGAGGAGGAGCAGCAUGAACUGCCUCAGGAAAGACAACAACGCCGAGAACCUUUCUAUGCUGCAGAACCACGAGGCAGCUUCCCACUUAAAUUCCCCGGUCAACAAAGAAGGAGUCCUGUUUCGGAAAGGCACCAUGCAGGCCAUCAACAACGAACGCAGGGCCUCCAAGGUCUUGGGGAUCGUCUUCUUUCUGUUCCUGAUCAUGUGGUGCCCAUUUUUUAUCACCAACAUAAUGUCUGUCCUCUGCAAGGACGCCUGUGACAAGGCUCUUCUGAGAGAGCUUUUGGAUGUUUUCGUUUGGGUGGGCUACAUCUGCUCAGGGGUCAACCCCCUUGUCUACACACUCUUCAACAAAAUCUACCGCAGGGCUUUCUCCAACUACAUCCGAUGCCACUAUGAGAGUGGCAAAAAGGCCUCACAGCUGCACAACCGGUGCCCCAACGUAUCAACAGCGUUCUACGGGAAGGACCUCAACCUGAACAGUUACCGUAACGAGCUCAACAGCAUGGAGCUGGACGAGACGGAGGAUGCUCUGGGAACGCACGUAGGGACCCCGGAGCGCUCGAUGAACAGCUGCGGUGGUGAAAAAACAAGUAGCGUGUAAACUACAUGCAUAUAUUCAUGUCUGAAUUUCACCAUGGCACAGCUACAAACCAUGUUCAUGUUAGCGAAAGAACAAUGUAAAUAAGGCACUACGAACAAAACUUUUUUUUUUCAUUUCAACUUUCAUACUCGUAGCUCAUUGUUUUGCACCAUUCUUACAAUCAGACACUGUAUUGGUUGUUGGAUACAGAGCAGGUGGGUCCCCUGUGGGAACAGCGGGGGCAGCCGCAAAACGGCAUCCCUUAUUUUGCUUAUAAAAAUGUCGACUAUUUUCAUUCUGGUGCAUGAACAAAAUACUGUUACUCUCAGGUGGUUUUUCUUUUCUAUCCCUUUCUUUUUUCUGUUGGGUCUCCGUGGUCAGUUAUGAGUGAGUCACAUAUCAAAUAAAGGGAUUUGGGCUUG